AUGGAGGCGCUGCUGCGCGUGCUGGCCUGCCCGCGCUCGGCCGGCGGCGCGGCGGCGGCGGCGGCGGGCGCGGGCGCGGCGGCGGGCGUGCACGAGGAAGCGAUGCAGGCGGUCGGGGCGGUGGCGCUGGGGGUGGGGCGGCAGUUUGGGAAGUACAUGCCGUCGUUCUAUCCGUACCUGAAGGCCGGCCUGAUCAACCACCAGGAGUGGCAGGUGUGCCUGACCACCGUGGGCGUCCUGACCGACGUGUGCGACGCCGUGGGGGACGAGCUGGCGCCGUACGGCGACGAGGUCGUCGGCAUGCUCAUCCACAACCUCGGCAGCAACGACGUCCACCGCAGCAUCAAGCCGCAGGCGCGCGCCACCCCCGCGUGCCCGCGCACGCGCCUCCGCCUCGGCCCCGGGCCCUCCAUCCGCCCCGCGGCGUGCGGAUCGCGGGGAGGGGCGGCGGGCCUCCUGGCAGCGUCUGCUGAGGAAGCCAUCUUGUCGACGUUUGGUGAUCUGGCGUUGACCCUGGGCGCCGGCUUUGACAAGUACGUGGACGCCGUGAGGCGCAUGCUGCAGCAGGCCAUGCAGCUCAGCGUGGCCCAG